AUCAUUUUUUUUUCUUUCCUUCUAUAUAUAAAUAAAAACCCUUAUCUUUCCCAACAAACAGAAAAACUCAAAAACCCUUACUUCUCUCAACUUCUUCUUCUUCUCUUUCGAUCUCUAGCUUUGCUGCACCAUCAUGACUCAUAUGUUGAAGAAACAAAGUAGCAUGAUAAGGCCAACAACAACAACAACCUCAGGAGGCUUAGGCAUGCACAGAGACUCACGUGUGAUCUCCAAAGUCCAACCUAAAAUCAGAAUCAUUCACAUAUUUGCUCCUGAAAUCAUCAAAACCGACGUAGCGAAUUUCCGGGAGCUCGUCCAACGGCUCACCGGAAAACCAUCCUUGGAAAAUGAUGCCAAAAAAGGAAAGGGUAAGGGUAAAAAGGUCAAAUCACCUCAAGACGACAACACGGUCGUCGAGGCUAGUCUUGGGUGUAACAAGCCCACGAUAAAUACCAAGUUAGAAGUAAUGAUGGGAAGUGGAUCAUCUUCAUCACCUUCUUCAUCAUCUGAUCAUCAACCACAUGAACAAGAUCAUCAUCAACAACAGGGUUGGAGAUCUACAACUGGUGAUCAUAUUAGCUCAUCUGGUGGGUAUCUUACAGGAUUUACAGAUUUAGAUUAUAGUUUUGACUUUAAUACCAUGUUUCAUUUGGGCCCAGCUGAUGCUUCUUCUCAUCUUAAUUCUCUUGGAGAAACUACACAAGUUUCUUUCAGAGGGUAAAAUAGGAAAAACAAAAAAAAUUACAAGGGUUUUCUACAUGGAGGGUAUGAUUGACUUUUUAUUUAAAAUGACUGGUUUGCUUGUUUGAUUAAAUCACUUAUUGGUGGAAAUUUCUUAGAUGGGUUUAUUUUUAUUCUUAUUGUGGGAUUAAUUAAGCGAGGGUUUGAUUAUAAUUGUUGGGUGAGAAAUUUAGGAGGUUGAUGAUGGUUAUUCUAAUUAAUCAAGGUUUUUUUUGAUAACUGGUUGAUAUAUAUAAUUGUAAUAUGUUAGAGAAUGAGGUUUUAACUGGUGAAUUAUUUGAUUUUGGUCCCUCCAAUAUUGUUGACUAUAUUGUAAAUAUAUAUGAGGGAUAUAUAAUUGACUUGAUGAUGAACAUAUAUAUGAGAAAUGCGUUAACCUUUUAUUUUC